AUGCCCCUCUCUCUUUCUAAUGUUCGAACGGCUCGCGAACAGCUCUGCAGUGAAUACAUCGAGGAGACUGUGAGCAAAGGCACCACCAAUAUGUUGUCAGCCUCAUGCAGUAAUGAAGUAGGGGUGAUGGCGCUAUUGGGUAAGUGGGAAAACUCGACGCGUAGUGGGGCACCUAAGAAAAGCAACGCUAGCGUUGCCCUCAUCCAAACGUCCUAUGCCUCACACAUGAACUCCACAGCACACCACACUGGUGCACUACAAAAGCACAUGAGCACUAUUCCACCUUCUUUGGAUAUGGACCAGCAAGUACGCGAGCACAUCACUAGGGUAUUAGGCAUGCAGGACAUCCCACCGAAUGCAGGUCAUAUUAGUUUGAACAUGUCGAUUCAGCUCACCACAAGUGGCCGAUGUUUGCUUGCCCAUUCACCUGUCGCAGUAACAGCAAAAAACGGUUAA